GGCGUGCCCCGCCCGUCUCCUAGAAGAUGCGAGAGGAGGCCAAACGGCCUAGCCUCAACAGGGGCUCCAUUCAACUGCCCGCCCAGCCCGAAGACGCUAGGGAAGUGGCCCUGCCUGGUCCGGCAGUGGCCACGCACUCGUCAGCAUGCCACCUGCUUAUGGACAAGCCGGAGUGGCGCCGGACCGAGAUCCCCUUGGCCGGGAAGUCCCAGGUGGUGUUCAUGCAGCCCAGAAACUCCCAGGCUCCCGUGCUUUUCAGCUUGAUGAAUGCCAGUGAGGUGGCUGUGAAAAAGUUUUUACCCAAGAGCCACUUGUCGAGAGUGAUUAUUCGAGACAACCUUAGUGCCCAGCGAGUCUACGAACUGGAGACAAGAGCAGCAGACAAGACUAAGAAGAAAAUGGGCCAUCUCUUUGACCACCUGAAGAAGAAGUUCAUGACAGAGCAGCUGAGGAAGCUGAGCCGCUGGCAUCGGGAAGCGCUGCCCAUCCAGAGAUACCUGGAGAGCAUCCAGAAGUACCGGAAAGAGAUCAAGCCCAGGCCCAAGCCCAAGAAGAAGGCGGAGACUCUGAAAAGUGCUCAUGCCAAGAAAAAGGAGGUCUUCCGCUGAGCCUCGGAAGAGGGGGCCUCGUCGGGGGAGGGGAGGCAGCAAUGGAAGUAAACUCUCCUUUUGUUCACUGUU